GCACGUUGGGCGGCGCGGAUUGUUCUAGCAAAAGCGGCGGCGGCGACGAUGAUGGCGGCGGCUGGAGCCUGAGCUCGGGGUCAGGGCCUCAGUCAUCCAGGACAGGGAGCGGGGAGGCGGCCGGUCAGCCUGACAUCACCCCCCCCCCCCCCCAGGGACACAGAGACCCCGCCGGCCCGGAGCCGGGGGCCCGGAGCGAUGCAGACCCAGACCUUGACUCCCCACGUUUACUGGGCUCAGAGGCACUGCGAGGUGUACGUCAGGGUCGAGCUGAGCGACGUCCAGAAAUCUGACAUCAGGAUCUCUGAAAACACACUAUUGUUCAGCGCACGUGGUCAUGGUGCUAAAGGAGACAAUGCAUAUGAAUUUCAGCUCGAGUUCUUGGAAGCUGUCGAUCCUAAGCCACUGUUCAAGGUUACUGAGAGACAGGUGAAUAUAACUGUGAAGAAAACCGACAGCAGAUGGUGGGACAGACUGACCAAACAGGAAAAAAAGCCAAUAUUUUUGGCUCCGGAUUUCGACCGCUGGUUGGAUGAAUCUGAUGCUGAAAUGGAACUCCGAGAAAAGGAAGAAGAACGGAUUAAUCAAAUAAGCGUUAAGUCCAGGGUUCGAAAAGACCCCUACAUCACCAUAAAGAAAGGUUACUUAUUUAUGUACAACUUGGUGCAGUUCCUGGGGUUCUCCUGGAUCUUUGUCAAUAUGACUGUGCGACUCUUUGUGUUGGGCCAAGAUUCGUUGUUUGACACCUUCCAUGCAGUUGGAGACGUGAUGUAUUUUUGCCAGAUCUUUGCAGUUUUGGAGAUUAUAAAUCCACUCCUGGGUCUAGUCAAAUCAGGACUGGUGCCUGCCAUAAUCCAGGUGAUUGGGAGGAAUGUGAUUCUGUUUGUGGUGAUUGGGACUCAGGAGGAGAUGCAGAACAAAGCAGCGGUGUUUGCUGUCUUUUACCUGUGGAGCAUCAUUGAAAUGUUUAGGUACCCAUACUACAUGCUUUCCUGUAUAGACACUGAAUGGAAAAUACUCACGUGGAUUAGAUACACGAUUUGGAUUCCUCUGUAUCCAUUUGGGGUCAUUGCAGAAGCCGUGUGUGUUGUUCAGUCCAUUCCACAUUUUGAUGAAACGGGAAGGUUUAGCAUUGUGCUGCCAAACCCAUUCAACAUCUCGUUCGGCUUCUCCUAUUUCUUACAAGCCUACCUUAUUCUGAUGUUCCUAGGGCUGUUCAUUAAUUUCCGUCACCUGUACAGACUACGGAAUAAGCGUUUGAAACCAAGGAAGCGCAAGAUGAACUAGAGGAAGCCCGCGUCUGCUUCUUUCAGCUGGUGAGAAACCGUCCUCGAAGAGUUUCACUACAGUGUUAACUUGCUGCCUUUAUUGAGCGUACUGUAAUUUUCAGGAAAUAAUAAAAGCCAUUGCAAAGUAAAUCCUCAGUCACCAAUCGUACUUCUGCUACAAUGAUGGCUUUGACCUCUCAUUGUUCAGAAUUGUUACUCGUUGCGAGGAAUGGUUUUGCAGUGAUGUUGAACACAUCCCAUCAAAGGUUCAAUUUAGUCUUUUAAUGUUUUCUGUAUAAAUGUACAUUUGAUUAAAUCCAAUCUGUUACGAUUGUGAGGGGGGCUGGGGAAUGAGUUGUAGCCAAUUAUUUUGCACUCUUGCUGAGCAAUUUUUAAAAACAAAUUGAGUAAUUGUUAUCAAUUAAAAUGAUUGCACAUUGUAACAAUGUAAGUUGUAAUUAUCAAAAGUAAUUGAGGAAUGAAGUGUGAUAGCAUCGGUCAGUGGAGGAGUUAAUAUUGUUGAUGGGCCUGUCUAUAAUUAAAUAACUUAAUUUUAAAAUAUUUUAAUUAACUCCUUUAAGUCACUUCAUGAUAUACUUUUCUUGAGCUGAGACCUACUCCCAGGUUGUAGCUGCCUUGUAACCACUUGCUAGGAGUUAAACAGCAGUCGAGAGAUUGCCUGCAUUUUUUUUUCUCUUUUUACUUCCACUGGGCAAGUACCACAAAGACCAAGAACUCCAGGGCGAGGAAAUGCAGAACAGGCUUGUAUCCUGACCCCCGUUCAUAUCCCGCCAUUCUGUGCACCAAUUCAACCUCAAGGUUGCUGCACACCUAAGCUGCUUUGAAAAUGUGCUUAAUGAUGCAUUUCCACAUAUAAGGCAGCUAUUUAAAAGGAUUCAUUUCAAUCGACUGAUCAAAUACGAGAGUGAAUGGCAGCCUGACGUCCGAGUUAUCUCUUAAACUACAAACUAGAAACUUGAUUGGUUCACGUUCCUGAAUUGAAUCCCAGAAUGUGAUGGCUGAAAUUCGGUCAAAGCCGUUUUAUAAUCUGUACCAGUGACUACUUUCACUUUUAGUCUCUCAUGCUUUUCAUGUAAAAUGUUUUAGUCCAUUUUGCUUUUAAAACAUUGCCACACCACUUAGAAAAAAAGGCCAAUUUUAUGAUCUUCAGCAUGAACAUGGAAUUUUUUUUAUCAGUAAUUCAAUCAAGUGUUUCUGCUGACGAUAUCCCAAUGUUUGAAAAGUUGCUAUGAAUGGAGAAAUGCUGGAAUAAAACUGAGUUAAUACAUUUUCUUUUUCAUCCCAUUCAGAUGAUCUUAUUGCUCCUAGUAUUAAGAUAGAAACUGAUCAAAAGAUUUUAGUAAAAAAAGACCUAAAUAUAAAUGUAUGAACUUAUCACCCAAAUGUGCAUUAAGCUUUGAAAAAAAAUGUGUUCACUAAAUUCACGACUGUUUGUGGGGCACUGAUGUGCGCAAUUGGCUGCUGUAUUUCACCCACAAAAUAUAGUCAAUUUACUUUAUAGUAUAUUCUUUGAAGCGCUUUGAGAUGUCUCUAAAUAAAGCGCUAUAUCGAAUGCAAGGAUUAUUAUUAUAAGUUUAUAGAUUGAAGUCAGCAACUGUAUUUCACUAUAGAUGGCUAAUGUACAUCAGUAAUUCAUUCUAAUUAAUGUUUGAUUUAGACUAUUGCAUUAUUCCUAUAGGAAGUGCAUGUUCACAAAUGAAUGGAUGCAUGUGAUCUUCAGCUUUAGUUCCCAAAGGCUUGUGGGUUUCGAAUAUGGAAGGGACAUGUCACCAACUGUGAGAUUUCCAUAAUCUGUAUUUGGGGGUCAUUAAAAGAUCAAUAAAACAGUAAGUCAAAAAAAA